AUGCCGGAAAAUAUCGCUGGUUUGAAGAACCGCACGGAACUGGGGCAUGCUGGCCGCGCUUUGGGUUCAAGUGCGCGCCCCGCCUGGGCAAUAGCAGUGCUGGCCAGCGUGCUGAUCUUUACCACUGUGGUCGAUGUUUUGGGAAAUCUGCUUGUAAUCAUUUCGGUGCUACGGAAUCGAAAGUUAAGAAAUGCUGGUAAUGUAUUUGUGGUCAGCUUGGCAUUUGCUGAUCUGGUGGUGGCAUUCUAUCCAUAUCCCCUGGUGCUUUACGCGAUCUUCCACGACGGUUGGUCCCUGGGGGAAACUCAGUGCAAGGUGAGCGGCUUCCUCAUGGGCCUGAGCGUCAUCGGCUCCGUCUUCAACAUCACGGGGAUCGCCAUCAACCGUUACUGUUACAUCUGUCACAGCUUUGCCUACGACCGCCUCUACAGCUUUCGCAACACUUUGCUGCUGGUCGCCCUUAUUUGGAUGCUCACCAUCCUGGCUAUCCUGCCCAACUUUUUCGUGGGCUCGUUAAGCUACGACCCUCGCGUUUACUCUUGCACGUUCGUCCAGACGGCCAGCAGCUCGUACACGGUCGCUGUGGUGGUGGUGCACUUCCUGGUGCCUAUCGCCGUAGUGACCUUCUGCUACUUGCGUAUCUGGGUGCUGGUCAUCCAAGUGAGACGGAAAGUCAAGAGCGAGGAGCGUUCCCGCGUCCGUCCCAGCGACCUCCGGAACUUUGUCACCAUGUUUGUGGUGUUUGUUUUGUUCGCCAUCUGCUGGGCGCCCUUGAACCUCAUCGGCCUCGUGGUCGCCAUUGACCCAGAGACCAUGGCCCCUCGAGUCCCGGAGUGGCUCUUUGUGGUCAGUUACUUCAUGGCUUAUUUUAACAGCUGCCUCAACGCCAUCAUUUACGGACUCCUCAACAGAAACUUCCGGAAAGAGUACAAACGUAUCAUCACCUCUGUGUGGAUGCCUCGUCUUUUUGUCACGGAGACGUCCAGGGCAGCCACGGACGGCAUGAGGAGCAAGCCUUCGCCGGCAAUUAACAACAACGAGUGA